UUGCCACUUCGCCCUUAAAAAAACAAAAGAACAGAAAAAGGCAGAAAAUGUGAGAAAAUGUGAAGGAUCGAAAUUGGCAAAAUCAAUUUGCUGAGAACUGUAGACUCUCCAGAUCUCUCUCGCAAUCGGAAAAAUGGCAAGAGCCGGAGGAAUAACAAACGCAGUGAAUGUAGGGAUAGCAGUACAAGCUGAUUGGGAAAAUCGUGAAUUCAUAUCUCACAUUUCCAUCAAUGUCCGUAAACUCUUCGAUUUCCUUGUCCAAUUCGAGGCAACGACGAAGAGUAAAUUGGCUACAUUGAAUGAGAAGCUUGAUAUACUCGAGCGUCGUUUGGAAUUGCUUGAAAUCCAAGUUAGCACAGCGACCGCAAAUCCAGCUCUGUUUAAUGUUUGAAAUGAUGCAGCAUUGUAUUAGUACUCUUUAUCUCUUUUGCGCACCUCAACUAAAUCCACGGGAUACCAGCCACCUCCCACCAGAUAUCAGGUAACUUUGGUGUCCACCAAGGCUAGGACAGAUGGGAAGAAUCACCUAGUGGUUUUUGUCUCCGCUUGGAAUUCUUGUCUGAUUUUUUGGUGGGUAUAUUUAUGCUGUCUUUUGUUUUUGAAGACAUCUACAAAUGUAACAGCACACUCGUUGCGCUUUUUAUUUGUAAAAGUUAGUUUACCUUCUCAAAUCCUUUUUUUUUUCUAUUUCACUUGUUAUGUAAUACAAUCAUGUGAAAUCUCAUUCCUGCAGUCAGUCAAUCAAUCAGCUAUGCUUAAUCUCAAGCUGGUUGCUCAGUCGGUUGAA